UAGGUAUGUCGAGCGCCAGGCAGUUCGUGCCUCGCGCAGAGGCGCGCAAAAUCUUUAUCACCUCAAAGAGCACCAUAAACUUUCGUCAUUUGUUGCCUGUCGCAAAACCGCGCCAUAUCGUAUCUCCCUCUAGAGUAGAGAGGAUUCCAGAGCCUGUCCUGCCCAAAGACCGAAUAAAAUGGUGGAACAUAGUACCCGGAGACCAGGUACGCGUCAUGGCAGAAAAAAGUGCAAAGAUUCGGGAGGUGAAGGGAAUCAAUAAAUUUGCAAAUAGGGUUUACAUCGAAGGAGACAUUAAGAGGAAUGAUCGAGACGAAAGUGAUAUACGGAGCUUGUUCCAAGUUCGAAAUCCUCACAAGAAUGUACACUACUCGGGUCUUCAACUGUAUUUGGGGAACCAUGAUUUCCCUCCGUUGCCCGGGUCUUCUGAACCGCGCAAUCUACCUGUGUUUGCUUUGAGAAUGGGAACCUCGGAACCGAAAUGGGUGAAGGGACGAUGGGUUUGGGAGCGUUAUGCAACUGCGACGACGCCGCGUUUGCCUGACUGGAGACCAGGAAAGCAAGAGCGUUUGUUGAUACCGUGGCCGGAACCAGAUAAACCGACAGUCCCAAAACCGACGAAGUAUGAUACACCACAAGAUGUUAUAGCCGAGGUGACCUAUGUCCCUUCAAAACUCUCGCGUCAUUUAUCGUCAGCGACUCCAGCCUUGCGCACUGAGAAAGGCUAUGAUUAUGAUCGCAUGUUACGAAAGGAGAUUCCGUACAAUCAAAACUUUCCUAUGGAGUUGUUCAUCGCGAGAGAACUGUCGAACCCGCACUCUCGUGCCAAGAAGCGUGAACGUUACCUUGCCGCGAAGGCUCGUCAACAGUUGCUUCUAAAGGAAUACAUGGCCGAUGAGCUGAAGAAGACAAUUGAGGGUCGUAGUAAACGAGAAGCCAUUGCAGAAGCGACGUUCAAGUGGCGUGAACGGAUAAGGUUGGAUAGAAAGGCGGAGCUGAAGAGAAGAUGGAUCGCGAGGGGUUUGAAAGCAAGGUUGGAGAGAAGGAGGAGGCGGGCACAGGAGAAACUGGAGUUCGAAAAGAAGAAGCUGAGAGAGCUCGUCCUAAGGGUAGCACCGAAUCAAGUGAUGCCCAAGCCCUGAAGUUCGUUGAGAUUCCAGUAGCACCUCUCUCGUCGCAGUAUCCUACAUCGCUUCAAUAAAGAUUUU